AUGCGACAAUCAACACUGAACCUGGCCCCAUGGCUUGCGCUAGCUUGGAUGGGAUCAGGAGCUCUAGCAGAUAAGAGACCGUUUAAUAUCAAUGAUGAUAUUCUGGCCUACCCACAGUUCCAAGUGAAAUUCCCAGACGAAUACAUCCUCGAUUCCCAUGCAGAAGAGCUCUUACAAGCACAAUCUGAUUUAAAUUACGAAGGGACAUACCAAGACCAGAAAGACCCCCAAAUAUAUACCGGCAAUGUCCAUGCCAACGACGCAACACAAGACAGCAAAUAUGUCGACGGACCGAAAUUUGCCUACGAAGAAAUGAUCUUGGAUGACCGAAGACUUCUUUGUCAGAUCCCUCAAGUUCAUAAUGACGAAACAAAUACGACGGCUGGCAACAAACCGACCGAGGCGGAUGAACAAAAGGAGCUGGCUCGCGCAACCGACCGUGGUCUGGAGCUUUUACGGGAACUAGAGGGUAAAUGCAUGUACUACUUCUCUGGGUGGUGGUCGUAUUCAUUCUGCUAUCGACAGCAGGUUAAGCAGUUCCAUGCACUACCUGCCGGGCGUGGAGGCCCCCACUACCCUCCAGCUGAAGACCCCCACACCCACUCUUUUAUCUUGGGACAGUUCCCUGCCGAUAGCAAAGACCAGGAUAAAGAAGGAGCGGAGGCAAAAAAGUCACACGAUUCCGAAUUGGCUGAAUUGCAUACCAAAGGUGGCUCGCGGUAUCUCGUACAACACUUAAGCGGUGGCACCAAAUGUGAUCUUACUGGCCGUGAACGCCGAAUUGAGGUGCAGUUUCACUGCCACCCGCAGUCUACAGACCAAAUCGGCUGGAUCAAAGAGCUUACUACUUGUUCUUAUCUAAUGGUCAUCUACACACCUCGUCUCUGUGACGAUGCUGCCUUCAUGCCGCCGCGACAGGAUGAAGUCAACGAGAUUGAAUGUCGUGAGAUCCUUAUGCCCGAUGAAGUUACUGAGUGGCAGGAUAUUAAAGAAUGGUAUCUGGCCCAGCGACUAGUUGAUGAGGCCAGAACCCUUUCAGAUGUGCAAACUGUGGGCGGCAUUGAAGUCGGUGCUCGCAAACUAGUGGGAAUGGAAGGCAAGCAGAUUGAAAAGGGUCGAGUGGCUUCGAUUGGCGAAGAACACGUAGACAUCCUUGCAACGCGCGAGAAUGGCGAGGUGAAGCAAAUGUCCAAACAAGCCUUGAAGAAAUAUGAUCUCGACCCUGAAAAACUCGAGAACUUGAAAAAGCAAGUUGAGAGGAUGGCUGGGGAUGAUGACUGGGUUCUCGAAGUUGUGGAGCUCAAUGGCGGGUACACCUUCAGAGGUGGCCGCCCCGACGAAGACACGGAGGAGACAAAGAAGAAAAAGGAGCAGAAAAAGGCCGAGUCGGACUCAGAGCCUGUGCAACAGCAGUAUGGGGGCAACGAGGACGACAACCCGAUCGCGAAAGAGAAAGAACCUGAAGCCCAGAAAGCCGCAGCUCAAAAGGGAUCAUCUAACAAUGAGCAGAAACCCGAAAGUCUGCCCAAUUCCGAAAAAGAGCCCGAGCAUACAGAAGGCAGUGAGGAAACCUUCAAAGACGAGUUAUGA